CAGCAAAGAUUGCAGAAAACGGAUUUCCUGUGCAAAAUGUGGUCUUAAACAUCCAACCAUACUUCACAUUCCUCCAAAGGAAAAGGAAUCUGACCUAGCUGAGAGGAAAGCAGAGGUGUCAGUGGACAGCACUCUGGUGUCAGGUGGUCUUACUGCGGCUGGUGAUCAUGAUUGUAAACUUCCCAUAGUUCCAGUGCAAGUUAAAUCCAGAAAGGGGAGCAAGAUUGUCACCACCUAUGCUUUCUUGGACCAAGGCAGUACAGCAGUAUUCUGUACAGAGUCUCUGAUGCACAAGCUUGACCUUACAGGGAAGAAGGUACAUAUUCUUUUACAGACAAUGGGCCAAGAGAAAGUUGUGAGCAGUCACAUCAGGAGGGCCUGGAGGUAGCUGGCUUGAAUGAGGAGCACUUCUGUGAACUGCCCAAGGCUUACACGCAGGUGUGCAUGCCUGUUCACAAGGGGAACAUUCCGAGACAGAGUGAUCUUCAGAGAUGGCCUCAUUUAAAACAUGUCAAUUUGCCUGAGAUUGAGGCAGGGAUUGAGCUGUUGAUAGGGACAAAUGUUUCUAAGGCCUUGGAACCAUUGCAAGUCAUACGCAGUGUUAAUAAUGGACCCUACGCAAUAAGGACGAUGCUGGGUUGGACUGUGAAUGGACCACUGAAAGGAGACAGUGGAGAUGCAAUGGACUGUGAGCAGCCAGAGUUACAAGUGAACAGAGUGUCAGUUGUGUGUUUGGACGAACUUUGGCAGCAGCAAUUUAAGGCAGAUUUCCCUGAAUGCAGCAUGGAUGAACAAAUUGGCAUGUCAAGAGACGAUCAAAAGUUUAUGGAACUGGUCACAAACUCAGCAAAGCAAGUGAAUGGCCACUAUCAGAUCAACUUACCUCUGAGGAAAAGGGACGUUAGCAUGCAAAAUAAUAAGAAAAUCAUUGAGCAGCGUGCCUUACACCUGAACAAGAGGCUUCAGAAGGAUUCCUCAUUUCAUGCUGAUUAUAUGGCCAUCAUGAAUGACCUUGUUGCCAAAGGUUAUGCUGAAAGGGUGCCUGAAGAGGAUGUGGAACAUAGUGAUGGCAAGGUCUGGUAUAUCCCGCACCAUGGCAUCUACCAUCCUACAAAAGGAAAGACCAGAGUUGUCUUUGACUGUGGAGCGCGUUUCCAGGGAACAUCACUUAAUGCUCAGCUCCUACAGGGACCAGAUCUUACAAGUUCACUGAUAGGAGUGGUGACCAGAUUCAGAGUCUUUGUUGCCAACCGAGUCUCAGAAAUUCGCAAGGCCUCACACCCUUCUCAAUGGAGGUAUGUUGAAACUGCAAGCAAUCCAGCCGAUGUUGCCUCCAGGGGUGUGAAAGUAGAUACAUUUCUCAAGAAUGCAACGUGGGUGUCAGGGCCUCAUUUUCUCCUUCAACCUGAGAGUGAGUGGCCUGUCUCUCCUGACGAUGCUCUUCAACUUCCAUCAGAUGACCCUGAGGUUAAGAAAGCUGUUGCAGUGAAUGCUGUACAGGUCAGAGAGGAGGUUGAUGCAGUGACUCGCAUGAUCCAUUACUUUGACUCUUGGACCCAUCUGAGAAAGUCUGUUGCUUGGAUCUUGAGAUUUAAGACUUGGCUCUUGUCUGUUUGUCAGAAGAGGAGACAAUUGAGCAUGGCUCUUGCACAGUCUGACUUGGAUACGGACCAACAAAGACGUUCAUUGGAGAAGGACAUGGAAACUUUUAAGAGAAAGACAGUUUCAAGUUGUCUAUCAGUGGGGGAGCUUGAGAAGGCUGAACUGGAGAUCAUCAAGCUUCGUCAAAGGAAGAGGUUUCCAGAGGAAUUCUCCAGGCUGAAAAAGGGCAAAAGUGUGAAGGGGCACAGUCACAUCUACACACUCUGCCCACUGAUGGAGGAUGGUGUUCUGAGAGUUGGUGGUCGGCUCAGCAGGUCAUCUAUGCCAGCAGAAACUAAACAUCCCAUAAUACUGGCUAAGGAUUUACAUAUAUCAGCCAGUCUUCUGAGGCACAUUCAUCAAGAGGUGGGACAUGGUGGUCGUAACCACAUGUUAUCCAAACUGCGUGAGAGAUAUUGGAUCACUGGUGCCAGUACAGCCAUAAGGAGAGUUCUGUCAAAGUGUAUUAUCUGUCGACAGUUGAAUGCUCAGCCAGUGUCCCAGCAGAUGGCAGACUUACCUUUAUGAAAGAAUUAAUCCAGAUGAACCUCCUUUUACUGGUGCUGGAGUAGACCAUUUCGGACUUUUCGAGGUGAGGAGCAGAAGGAGUGUAGUGAAGAGGUAUGGAGUCAUUUUUACCUGCCUGGCCAUACACGCAAUCCACAUUGAAGUGGACACAGACUCUUUCAUUAAUGCACUCAGACGCUUUAUAGCGAAACGUGGUCAAGUUCAGGAAUUGCGCUCUGAUAAUGGGACAAACUUCAUUGGAGCAGAGCGUGAAUUGAGAACAGCUAUUGAGCAGUGGAAUCAGUUGCAGAUUAAUGGUGUUCUUCUUCAGAAAGGAAUAAAAUGGACUUUUAACCCCCCGGCUGGCUCACAUCAUGGAGGAUCUUGGGAGAGGUUAAUUAGAUCAGUGAGGAAAGUCCUCAAUUCCACUUUGAAAGUGCAAAACUUGGACGAAGACGGCCUUCACACAGUUCUCUGUGAAGUGGAAGCCAUCAUCAAUGGCCGUCCAAUUACUAAAGCAUCCACAGAUCCUAAUGACCUGGAGGCAUUGACACCAAAUCUCCUGUUACUUUUGAAGACCUUACCAUCUUUGCCACCAGGAGUCUUCCAGGGGACAGACAUGUAUGCUCAUAGGCGAUGGAAGCAGGUCCAGUACAUGUCUGACUUGUUCUGGAAAAGAUGGGUUAAACAAUACUUACCUCAACUGCAGGAGCGUCAGAGGUGGUCAGGAGUGAAGCGCAACUUCAUCCCUAGAGAUAUAGUGCUUAUAGUGGAUAACACUGCACCUCGUAACUCCUGGGUCAUGGGAGGAGUCCUACAAACCUUUCCAGACAGGAGAGGUUUUGUGCGUCAGGUGCGCAUCAAAACAAAGAGCAGCUGCCUGGACCGACCAAUAACCAAAGUCUGUCUACUACAGGAGGCCGAAGCUGGAUAAGGAGUGGCUGAUGCACAUUGUGACACUUUGACCUCCAUUUUGACUCUGAUUUUUGACUGACAGACAUAGUGAUGGUAAAGAUCACUCUGAUAAGACUAUGUGCUAGUAACCUCUGGUCUUACUGACUUAUGACUCAUGUACAGGAUCGGGAGGAAGAAAGAAGAUCGAAAAUGUAAAGUAAAUUUAUGGACUUUGAUUAUUGAGCUUUUAAUUGCUUCAUGCCUCCUAUUAACAUUUGUAAUGUGAGUAAUUAUUAUGUUAUAACCUAAUAAUUAGGGGCUGGCGUGUAGGAGCCAUGAAUGGAUUAAUUUUCAUGUUUGAAUGAAUUGCAAAGUAGUAAUUUUUUGUUUUAUAUUUUGGAUUAUUUUGGUUUAUUUAUUAUUGCAUGAUCACAGUGAUUGAUAAUCAGGUCACAUGGAUAUGGGCGGUGAUAUCCUAUAGUUAAUAUAAGCACCUGUUCACCUGCAUGCCGACUGGUAAGAAAGAGACAGAGGGUGAGUGGGUCGUCGUAUUUUUUGUUGACCGCUGUUUUACACCUGAUCGCUGUGAUUAUUUUGAGUAUAUAUUGUGCACGUUAUAAUAAGUUGAUCCUUUUCAUUAAUAAAAGUUAUUAAACUUAUUUUUUGAUCUCAGUGAACCUUUUUGGUAGUGUGUCAGACAAACGGCAAACAAGGCCCAACCUCAGCCUCUCAGCGACUUUUACAUUGUUGCCAGUAGUCGCUACAAUGACAUUCACUGGAUAAACACUGACUGUAGGUGUAAGAACUUAUGUUGUUUGUAGCAGAUUAUCAGUGAUAAUCAAUAAGAUACUGUCUUAAAUCCAACAAAUCAAGUGGUUUCAUAAAUUUCCAUGUGGAAAAAAAUAUAACUAUAUAAGUGCUGUC